UCCACCGCCUGGCGCUUUUAAUAAAACGAGCACACUGAAUUUUUGGACAAGCUUGGCAACACAGCCAAUCAGGUCGACUCCUUCUCCUUCUAGCAAAGGUCUGGCAAAACAACAGCUCGACCUCAAUUCCCAGCCGUUGCCAUUGCCCGUUCGACGACAAACCAAGCGUGAACAUGUUUAAUUAGCCAAGGGUUUUCUUUCUGUGGAUGUCGUAUUUGUUAGGGCCUAGGUCUAGGCUAAAGUCAGAGCUGAUCUGAGCUACUGACGCGCCAUUAGCUGCUUGCUAGCUGUAGCUUGGGAAAGAUGGGGUCCAUCCUGAGUCGCAGAAUCGCUGGUGUUGAGGACAUCGACAUCCAGGCCAAUUCGGCAUACAGAUUUCCCCCUAAGUCUGGUAAUUAUUUUGCAAGCCAUUUCUUCAUGGGAGGAGAGAAAUUUGACACACCACAUCCAGAGGGAUACCUCUUUGGGGAAAACAUGGACCUGAAUUUCCUUGGAAAUAGGCCAGUGCAGUUCCCUUAUGUGACCCCUGCGCCCCAUGAGCCGGUGAAAACCUUGAGGAGUUUGGUCAACAUCAGAAAGGACUCUUUGCGUUUAGUCAGGUAUAAAGAUGACUCUGACACAUCAGUGGAGGAGGGUGGAAAACCAAAGGUUCAGUACGGAGUGGAGUUCACCUUCGACGCUGAUGCUCGAGUAGCCAUCACCCUCUACUGCCAGGCGUUUGAGGAGUUCUCCAAUGGCAUGGCCGUGUACAGUCCAAAGGAUCCAUCUUUGGUUUCUGAAACCGUGCAUUACAAGCGGGGUGUGAGCCAGCAGUUUUCCAUGCCGUCUUUCAAAAUAGAUUUCUGCGAGUGGAAAGAAGAGGAUCUGAACUAUGACCUGGACCGAGGCGUGUUUCCCAUGGUGAUCCAGGCUGUGGUUGAUGAAGGGGACGAUUGUCUGGGACAUGCUCAUGUCCUUUUGGCAGCCUUCGAAAGACACGUAGAUGGCAGUUUUUCCGUCAAGCCACUGAAACAGAAGCAAAUCGUUGAUCGUGUGAGCUACCUCCUACAGGAGAUCUAUGGCAUUGAGAACAAAAACAACCAAGAAACCAAGCCUUCUGAUGACGAGAACAGCGACAACAGCAAUGAGUGUGUUGUCUGUUUGUCUGACCUUCGAGACACACUCAUCCUGCCUUGUCGACAUCUGUGUCUCUGUAACUCCUGCGCCGACACUCUGCGUUACCAGGCCAACAACUGUCCCAUCUGCAGGCUGCCCUUCAGAGCCUUACUGCAGAUAAGAGCUGUGAGGAAAAAGCCUGGAGCUCUGUCUCCCGUGUCCUUCAGUCCUGUUCUGGCACAGACGAUGGACCACGAUGAGCACUCAAGCUCGGACUCGGUUCCUCCUGGUUUUGAACCCAUCUCCCUGCUGGAGGCUCUGAACGGUCUGCGGUCAGUGUCUCCCGCCAUCCCAUCUGCUCCCCUGUAUGAUGAAAUCAACUUCUCGGGGGGUCUGGGGGGUGAAAGCCGACAGCUGAGCUCUCCAGAGCAUUUAAGUGACGGGAGUCUGCAGAAAGGCAAAGUCAGCAAGUCACCUGACAGCACCCUCAGAUCGCCGUCCUCUCCCAUCCAGGAGGAGGAUGAAGAGAAGCUCUCUGAGAUGUCAGAUGCUCAGCCCCACACACUUCUCUCCAACAGCCCCGCCCCCACUGACGCAACAGCAACCGAGGACGUGGCGGAAUCUCUCUCUCCGGAUGACGAGGACAGGAUCCAUUCAGGAGGAGACAUCCUGCAGGACUGCAGCAGUGAACACUGCAGCUUGACCAAAACAGAGAGCGACCCAGCUGGCGACCUGUCUCUGCCCGGGUCAUCCGAGUCAACAGAAAGCCUGAAAAGUCAGAGCACAAACUGCUCCAGCCAGCCUCUCCUUUGUCCCCGGAGCAGCCUUCAUAUGGAAGACGAACACCUCAGCCCCUGAUUCUGACCCAGCUUUGAUUUACAAAGAUCAUGCAGUCCCUUGAUCAUUUCACACACUUCUGCCCCCCCCCCCCAUCUCCAAAAAAACAAAUAUUUUUAUGUGUGACAAAGUAUGGGGGAGGGCCCAUCAACCUCUCGCAAUUACAGAAAGAAAAAAAGAUUCCAGCCCCGAAAACUCUCAUAUAGUGUCCAUGUUUGUGUCCAUAAUGUAGAUUCCAGAGAUAUUUCACUACCUGCCAUGGUGGUGCUUUUAAGCACACUUACUUAAAAUUAACUGUCUCAAUUUCUGUACACUAAAAUCGGAGGACUUUACAAAUGCAGUUUGUGUUUAGAUAUUGUGUUCAUUUGUGCUUAAUGACUAUAAGGCUGAUUUGGUUUAUCAACAGCAUUUUUUGGAAGUCAUUACUGAUAUAUCUGUGUCCAUUUGAGAGGUUUUUGCACUCUGGCAAAAUAAUUUAUUAUCCAUUCCUUUUUAACUCAAUAUGACACUUUUAUUUUAACUUCUCUACCAUCUUGGACAUAGGUUGCCCGUUUUGUCAUUUCAAAUGUUGGUAUCUAUGUAUGAUAACUACUAGAAUCUUGCGUAGUUACUUCCAAAAAUGUAUACUUGGUUAUUACAUAGUAAAGUUCUGGUGUUGAAGUAAUGAAACCAGAUUCAGUUAACAUGCGCAUUAUUUAAGACUUUGAUAAUCAAUAAGAGCUACUUAUUCACAUCCUCGCAGCUGAACUCAAAGACAGCUAAAGCCAGGAACCAGCCUAGACGCUUCACCUACAUGUAAGCCGAUGCAGCGUGGCACAGUAAGCGUGCUUGUCAUUGAUGUGGCUGAUCUCCGUACAGUCUUUUUAUUGUGGCAACGCCCGUGUUCGCUUACGAUGUAGCCGCCGAAAAAAAAAAAGGGGGGGGGUCAUGUGUUUGUGAGGCUGCAGCAGCUUCCCCAAGUCCUGUAUGUGUAGCACCAUAUAGAUCUAUGUGCCUUGAAUUAAUGGCUGCCUGCUUGUUGCAAUGGACAUUAGUGUUCUUAAAAAUUCUACAAUAUACAGCCGUUUCAGCCCAUAGACAGGAUUUAUGAUGUACAGAGCUCUCUGUUCCCAUUGCGAGCGUCAUGUUUCUGGAUAAAGUAUGUUGAGCAAUAUUAAGUUGAACUGUUUAUUUACCUUGUCCUGAAUUUUCAAUUAUGCAUUUAAUAUUAGUAUCUUUGCUCAAGUGAAAUUCUUUAUGUUUUCCUGGAAAGAACACACCCAAAGCAACUGGUGCAAACUUUUCAUUUUAAAAAUUGGGCCUGCUUUUGCAUGUACAUUUGUAGAGGCUUUGAUGCUUUUACCUAAAGUACCGUGUUUUUUUUUGUUCGUUUGUCUUUGUUCUCUUUUCUGUGCCAUCUCAACUUGACACUGUGCCUUCCUGUUCUGACCACUAUUGACCUGGUAUCCAGGAUAACCCUGCAGUCGGUGGUCUUGGCUCUCUGAUUCUCUCUGUCUCUCUUAGUGUGUAUAGCAGCAUGUGUAUAACAAUAAAGAACAAAUAUUCAUUACCUCAAAUACCAUCCUUCUUUUCUGAGCUACUGCUGUCAUUUUUCCUAAAAUAUGCAGACAAGACACGGUCAUCUGUGCAUGCUUACA